AUGGCCGGGAUGAAUUCCUCUUGGAUGACUGUGGCUUUGGAAACUAAGCUAUUGUCCCUUAACAGCGGACACUACACAGCCCUGGCCUUUAUCCUCGCCAUCUGCAUCCCACAGUCACCUCAGGGAACUACACUUCGCCAUGGAUUGCUUCUCCUUCAGGCUACAUGUGCAGUACAAGCAUUCUUUGCUCCGCCACCUCCAGUACUGGAACCGGCACUCCUAUACUCGUCGGGUGUGCUCAUGGGCAACAUGCUAGCACGCUACUUUGACCGACUAUAUACGACCGUCCCGGAGAAGACAUUCCAUCGGCUCACUGACAAAACCCCUGAGAGUGCAACUAGGCUUUCAGCCUCUCAGCGCUUUGUCUGGGGCUUGGAACUUUUUAGCGUCACCCGCGGGAUUGGCUGGAACUGGCGCGUCGCCGGUAUUCCCAAGUCUCCAGCACCAACUACCAGAUUACGAUUCGUCGCAUCCCAGCUCAUCAGAUGGAUUGCCAUGUAUGCGGCUUUACACCUCGUCGAUGUGACCUGUCGGCUUGUCUUGUCAAACCAAAACCCGGUCCUCUCAUUUGCCGACAAGGUGCAAAUCUAUGCCUUAAUUGUGGGCGGCUGCGCGAUGACAAUAUAUAGCCAUUUUGGUAUUCUUAUACUUCCACUUUCGGCUCUUUGUGUCGGCCUGCAAGUUGGCCCUCUCUCGUGGCAUGAUGCUGCCUCCUGGUCCCCUAAUUUUGCGAGCCUGACCGAAGCAUACAGCAUUCGUCGAUUCUGGGGACACACCUGGCACCAGCAGCUGCGACGACAGGCAGGUGCGCCCGGGGAGUACCUCAUUAGCAUGCUACCAGACAGCAUGAUGACGUCCAAGUGGACUCCUGUUCGGUUAGCGAGGCGGUACUCACUCCUCUUGAUGAGUUUCUUUGUCUCGGGAUUGAUUCAUGCGUGUGGAACCUACCAAGUGACACGAGCGCUUGGCCUGCCGUUGUCGGAUGGUGGGGAGAUAAAGUACUUCCUUUUACAGGGGGUCGCAAUUAUCGCAGAGGAUCUGGGUUGUUGGAUAUUGGGUGUUGAUGAUCGGGGAACAAAGCCUGGGGGGAUGCGACUGUGGGUAGGUUAUGCGACCACGCUUUCUUGGUAUGUCUGUAGUCGCGUACACCUCAAGGGUGUGCCCAUAGCGCUGGGAAUGGGGAUUCGGCAUGGCAGGGGGACCUGCUAG